AGCUCGUAAAUCACAUCAUAUAGCUGUUGUCUGAAAUUUGAGCUUUACAUAUGCAGCAGGAAUGAUUCUGAAAAAGGUGAGUGUAUUUAUUAUUGAACAGGCACAUUUGUUGGGUUUUCUUACUCGUUGCAAUAAUAAGUUUGGGCUCUAGGCGCCGCUGUUCACCAACCAGGGAAUGGGAAGUUGCAAGCUACAGAGUCACUCCCUCCCCUACCUCUAUAACACAAAGCGGAGGGAGAUGGAUACUCACGGAUCCUGAUGCUGGAACUUAAAGUACGGACUUUCCUUCGCUCUCUGAUAUAUCUGGGUGCAGUCGGCCCGGGACUUUGUAGAUAGAUAGGCUGUCAGGACAAACCGGCUCAAGAAACCUCGGAAUACCGGCUCAGCCACUGCCAUGGCGAAUCAGCUAUUACGCCUGGACCGCAGCGGGCUGGUGUUACUGUACAUUUUCCUGGGGACGCUGCGGGAGUUUGGGGCCGGGCAGAUCCGAUACUCGGUGCCAGAGGAGACAGACAAAGGCUUCUUCGUGGGCAAUAUUUCCAAGGACCUGGGACUGGAGCCCUGGGAGCUGGCGGAGCGCCGCGUCCGCAUCGUCUCCAGAGGUAGGACGCAGCUUUUCGCUCUGCAUCCGCGAAGUGGCAGCUUGGUCACCGCAGGUAGGAUAGAUCGGGAGGAGCUCUGUGAGACGGCGUCCUCCUGUUUUUUAAAUAUGGAGAUACUUGUGGAAGAUACCCUGAAGAUUUACGGAGUGGAAGUGGAGAUAAUGGAUAUUAAUGAUAACGCCCCCAGUUUCCGGGAGGAGGAAGUAGAGAUAAGAGUCAGUGAGCACGCAACCCCGGGAUUGCGAUUUCCCCUUCCUAACGCCAGGGAUCCAGAUGUAGGAAUGAACUCCCUUCAGCGCUACCAGCUCAACCCUAAUAGCUACUUUUCCUUACAAGUUGGAGGCAUUACUGAUGGAGCCAAGAAUCCAGAGCUAGUGCUGGAGGGAACCCUGGACCGGGAGAAAGAGGCUGCCCACCACCUCCUCCUCACAGCCCUAGAUGGAGGAGACCCCAUCCGCCAGGGCACUGUUCCCAUUCGUGUGGUGGUCCUCGAUGUCAAUGACCACACCCCAAAGUUUACACAGUCUGUGUAUCGAGUGAGUGUUCCCGAGAACCUCAGCUCUGGAUCUCGGGUGCUGGUGGUAAACGCAACUGAUCUAGAUGAGGGAGUCAACGGGGAAGUGGUGUAUUCGUUCCGGGACAUGGAAAGCAAAGCUUCUGAAAUAUUCCGGUUGGAUUCUCGAACUGGAGAAGUCUCAAUACAGGGGCCUCUGGAUUUUGAGAAAUACAGGUUCUAUGAGAUGGAGAUUCAAGGCCAAGAUGGUGGAGGUCUCUGGACCACUGCUAAGAUGUUGAUCACAGUUGUGGAUGUGAACGAUAAUGCUCCAGAAAUAACGAUCACAUCUUCUACUGACUCAGUGCUGGAAAACUCUCCUCCAGGUACAGUAAUUGCUCUUCUAAACGUGCAAGAUCAAGACUCUGGGGAAAAUGGUCAAGUUUCUUGUUUCAUUCCUGACGAUCUGCCUUUUAAUUUAGAAAAGACUUAUGGAAAUUAUUACAAGUUGGUAACAAACAGAGCGCUGGACAGAGAGCAGGUCCAGAGCUACAAUAUAACAUUGACGACUACAGAUCAUGGAAGUCCACCCUUGUCUACAAAAACUCAUAUUUCAUUGAAUGUAGCAGAUGACAACGAUAACCCACCCACGUUUGCUCACUCCUCUUAUUCCGCCUACAUUCCUGAAAACAACCCCAGGGGAGCCUCCUUCUUCUCAGUGACUGCACUUGACUUGGACAGCAAAGAAAAUGCCCGGGUCACUUACUCUCUGGUCCAGGACACCAUCCAGGGAGCUCCCCUGUCCUCCUACAUCUCUAUCAACUCAGACACUGGCAUCCUGUACGCGCUGUGCUCCUUCGAUUAUGAGCAGUUCCGAGACCUGCAGCUACAAGUGAUGGCACAGGACAGUGGGGACCCUCCACUCAGCAGCAACGUGUCCCUGAGCAUAUUUGUGCUGGACCAGAACGACAAUGUACCAGAGAUCCUGUACCCUGCACUCCCCACUGAUGGCUCCACUGGUGUGGAGCUGGCACCCCGCUCUGCAGUCGCUCAAGCAGAACCUGGUGGUGGCAGUUCAGGACCAUGGUCAACCUCCUCUCUCUGCCACCGUGACACUCACUGUGGCUAUAGCCAACAGUAUCCCAGAGGUCCUGGCAGACCUGGGCAGUCUUGAGUCUCCCACCAACCCUGAUGAUUCAGGCCUCACC